UGUACAGGCUUUUAAUUGCUGACGUAGUUGCAGUCCUCUCUUACGGACCAAACAAAGGCCGUCCGUCCUAAGAAGAAUCAUUUUUAGUUUUACUUCCCUCGCAGCAGUACAGAAUCUGAAAGAUCUAUUUAUCAGAAGAAGAAAAAAUCUCAAAUCUUUCAUCAGCAAGAACAGAGCACAGAUUUAGUUUGUGAUAGACAAUUAAAAAAAAUGGAGCUAAAACCAGGUUUAUCAGCUCUCGUCACUGGUGGAGGUUCUGGAAUUGGUAAGGCACUUAGCAUUGCUUUGGGAAAGAAAGGAAUUUUUGUUACUGUUAUUGAUUACUCUGCCGAGAAUGCCAAGGAAGUGGCCUCACUUGUCGAAAGAGAAUGUGCUAAGUUCCAUUCAGGCCUAAAAUUUCCUCCGGCAAUGUUUGUUAGAUGCGAUGUUGCAAAUUCUGGAGAAAUUUCUGCUGCUUUUGAUAAGCAUUUGGCAACAUAUGGAGGGUUGGAUAUAUGUAUCAAUUGUGCUGGUAUAAGUAAUCCGAUACCGUUUAAUCAAGACACAACGGAUGGUACUGCUUCAUGGAGACGCACUAUAGAUGUAAACCUAGUUGCUGUAAUCGACUGCACACACCUUGCAAUACAAGCCAUUCAAGCUGGACAGAAGCCUGGUGUAAUUAUAAAUCUGGGAUCUGCCUCAGGUCUUUAUCCAAUGUAUGCUGACCCAAUAUACUCUGGCACUAAAGGUGGAGUCGUUUUGUUUACCAGAUCACUUGCUCUGUACAAACGUCAAGGAAUUCGUGUCAACGUUCUUUGCCCCGAGUUUGUAGAAACUGAGAUGGGUCGAAAGAUCGACCCCAAGUUCAUUGACUCUAUUGGCGGUUUCUUACCUAUGGAAAUGGUUGUGAAUGGUGCUUUUGAGCUCAUUAAAGAUGAGAGCAGAGCUGGUUCAUGUUUAUGGAUUUCAAAGCGCAGGGGCUUGGAGUAUUGGCCUACACCUGCAGAAGAAGCCAAGUACUUAGUACGGUCUUCAAGAUUCAAAAGGGGAUCUUCGUACACUGCACCUAACCUACAAGUUCCUCAGAGUUAUGAGAAAUUAAUUGUCCACACCUUAACUCACAAUUUCCGAAAUGCAACUAAAAUCGUUCGUACACAGUUGAAGUUGCCCAUCAAACCACAUCAUGUCCUUAUCAAAAUCAUCUAUGCUGGUGUAAACGCCAGUGAUGUAAAUUACAGCUCGGGCCGAUAUUUCAGUAAUGACAAAGAUCUGGCAUCACGUCUUCCACUUGAUUGUGGAUUUGAGGGUGUGGGAUUAAUUGCUGCUGUGGGUGACUCGGUCAGUAAUUUAAAAAUAGGGAGUCCAGUUGCAAUUAUGACUUUUGGAAGCUAUUCAGAAUUCACGGAAAUUCCUGCAAAACACGUACUUCCUGUGCCUAGACCAGAUCCUGAGGUUGUGGCAAUGCUUACUUCUGGACUCACUGCAUCAAUUGCCUUGGAGACAAUUGCCUUGGAGAAGUCGGCACACAUGGAAUCUGGAAAGGUGGUUCUUGUUACUGCUGCUGCAGGAGGGACAGGCCAGUUUGCAGUACAGCUUGCAAAGUUAGCUGGAAAUACGGUGGUUGCUACAUGUGGCGGUGAGAAAAAGGCUUCACUUUUGAAAGAUUUAGGGGUUGAUCGCGUCAUUGAUUACAGAAGUGAAAACAUGAAAGCUGUCCUCAAGAAAGAAUUUCCCAAAGGUGUUGAUAUCGUCUAUGAAUCUGUUGGUGGUGAAAUGUUUGACCUGUGCUUCAAUGCAUUGGCGGUCUAUGGGCGGCUCGUCGUAAUUGGAAUGAUUUCUCAGUAUCAAGGAGAACAUGGAUGGCAGCCUUCAAAUUAUACUGGACUCUGUGACAAGAUACUUUCGAAGAGCCAAACUGUGUCGGGGUUUUUCCUAGUUCAAUAUAGUCACUUAUGGCAAGAACAUUUGGACAAGCUAUUUCAUCUCUUCUCCUCAGGGAAGCUUAAGGUUUCUUUAGACCCCAAAAAGUUUACAGGGGUCAAGUCUGUCGCAGAUGCUGUUGAGUAUCUCCACUCCGGUAAAAGUGUUGGCAAGGUGGUUGUUUGCAUUGACCCAAGCUUCUCCCAGCAAGUGGCGAAGCUAUGAAAUCACAAUGCUAAACAAAUCUUUUGAAAGCCCUGUUUCCUCUGGAUUUUGAAUUGAAAAACCCCAAAAUAUUGUGCAUACUGGAUGCUACCAAACUCUAUUAGUGAAACAGAGAGUGAGAUUGAGAGCAAGAUGUAGCGUAGCUUCUUGUACUAAAAAUAAAGGCGGGAAAGAAUGAUAGAUCAUAUCUAAACUGUGUCAGUAAAGUUUAUAAAUCUGUAAGGUUCAUUCAUCUAAUAAACUGGAUUUGUUCAUAUCAAUUUUGCUGUAUCCUGUUUCAUGUUGUAUGUAUUUUUUAAUACCAAGAAUGCCAGAUUGUUAGACUGAGAGCAAGAAUGCCAGAUGUAGCUUGUUGUACUGAAAAUAAAGGUAGGAAAAAAACAAUAAAUCAUGUCUAAAUUGUGUGGCAGUAAGUUUCACAAUCUGUAAGGUUAGUUCAUCUGUUGCAGCUAAUAAAAUGGAUCUGUUUA